CACCCACAGCCCACAGCCUGUAGAGGAAAAGAAAAAAGUCAAAAGUUGAGCAGAACAGUGUGUCAAUGUUCACACCAAACAGGUCUGCUUAGUCUGCAUGAUUUGGCCAAACAAUUUACACAAGACGGCAUCGUAUAUAAACGUCAAAGUGGAUCGGAAACAUGGGAAGAGGCCCCUUCCUUCCAAUGAACAGGAGGAGAAAGCGGAGGAGGAUCACUUCCCUGUCUACUCCGCUCGAUCCCAACAAGACAUGUCUACCAUGGUUUCUGCCCUCUCUCAAGUUAUUAGUAACAGAGACCAAAACCCACUUCAUCAACUGCAUGGAAACCCGUUGAUCACAUCCCUGCCCGCCACAACGGAACAACAUCAAUCUGAUCAACCGUCCACUCUAGAUCAAGGGAAUACAAGGAGAAGACACUAUAGAGGAGUAAGGCAAAGACCAUGGGGAAAAUGGGCAGCCGAAAUUCGUGACCCACAGAAAGCAGCAAGAGUUUGGCUUGGCACUUUCGACACAGCUGAGGGCGCCGCACUUGCUUACGAUGAAGCAGCUCUCAGGUUCAAAGGAAGCAAAGCUAAGCUUAACUUUCCGGAAAGAGUUCAAGGAAGAAACGAAAUAGGUCACCUUACAACUCGUCAAGACUUGCAUUUGCCGACCGAACAAGUUCCUGUCGACCCAAUUAGGCUUCAUAUGCAUCAUGCUCCUCCUCAACAAUCAUAUGAUCCCAAUCUUUUUCAAUAUGCACACCUUCUUCAGAGUGGAGACAACAACUUAAAUUAUGCUGUGCCAAGUCCGUACCGGCAAGAAAUCUUUGAUUCACAGACCUCGUCAACUACAUCUUCAUCGUCAUCUUCCAUACCUUCUCAACAACAACAACAGCAACAAGAGGUUAUAAGAUUUUCGACGCGGUUUGGAAGUAGUUCGUCUUCUUCUGGCACUAAUCCUCAUAAGAACAGGAGAGACUUUGACACCAGUCACUCAAAAGGAUAGUACAACGCAUGCAAGUUUGCUCAAGGACAUUGAGGUGCAUGAAAUUAAAACUUAUUCGGGGCUCUGUUAUGCCCUUUCCCUACCUUUGUUUUUUUUAUGAAACUUUCUUCAAGUUAAGAGUAAUCAAGAAGUGUUUGAUGAA